CCCCCCCCCCUCCCCACUCACUUUUUCGACAGGCUUCGGCCCCAGUACAUGACUGCAUGUUGAAAAGCGCAGGGUUCCGUCCUAAAGCCUUUUCAGAUGGUCGCAUAGCGAUUAGCAAGUCACGGCGAAGGACAAGCCUUAUAAUAUCCUGUCACCAUACCACUCAACUGAGGCUACCUUGACGGGACUGAAUCAACAAACCUCAAUUUUUUCCGUUGACCUGUGCCAGAACACUUCCAUAGAUUCCCAGUCGUCGUCUAACAUUCAUCGGUGUUCUGGAGUUCUGGGACCAGCUGUGGGACUCAUUCCCGAGUUAUUAGCUUACGUGGAAGCUACCGGAAUCCGACACCAUCGCCUUUCGCACACACACGGCUCUCGCUUGUCCAGUAUCUGUCAUGCUAUAAUGCCGGCAGCCUGGUGCGUGUAUUGGGACCAGGUCGUGUGUGUGACACGCGUAGACGGACCUUUAGACUUUGUCUGCCACUGCUCCCGCUCGCAUCUACGACUGCCUUGUCACCGGAGCAGGUAGUUAGGGAGUUGAGAGAAUGCAGUGGGUGCAAUACAAGUCUGUCCCAUUAUGAACUACCAUUCGACGGGUGAACUGUCAUAGCAUGCCUUACGGUACUGAUUUGAAUUGAUACACAGCAAAAUUAGUUUGACGGCAGUAGCACAAACUCUAGGCAGCAUAGCUCGACGUCCUCGUAACAGAUCACUCCGCUUCCAUCUUCUCUACGGCAAACAAUUUGGCAAAACGGUGAAAGUCGACGGAUCUGUGAAUUUUCUUCAGUGACCAUGCUUGAGAGCCGUCCUGGUGCAAAUUAAGCUCGUUGUCUUCCAAAUGGGCUCGAAAAAAGUAGGCCAGUCAGUCGUGGUCAACCGUGGUUAAUUAAAUGUUGCGGGGAAGGCAGGCUUUAUGAAAUCUACAAUCGCUCUGUAUCUCCGCAACGACGUUUUCUGUCGGCAAAGGCAUUGAGGUGGUCUUGGAUGCUUGUCAUUCCAUUUUCCUUUGUCUAAGAAUUGAUCGAAACCAAAGUUCGGGACCAACUCACUGUCAUCAUCCGUAGCGUCGAUCUGACUGUCAACCUACAGUAGGUGGGCUAACUCAUAAAAUGUCGACCGAAAUUCCGAAAUGCUUUUCCGACUCGAAAAUUUUAAUUAAGUAGUGUUGUAAAACUAAUCAUCGUGGAGAAUAAUUCUAUAACUUAUAAUUAUUCAGUUACCGUGAGAUGCCGGCUUUCGAACGAACUUCUCUUCGGCUGCAUGCAAAAUCUAUACCCUGUAAAAAAUGACUACUUAAGUGGCAUGGAUUUCUCUCAUCGAUUUUCGAUGCCCCUCCAAAUUCCAUUACAUUUCAUGGAAAACAUGCAUGAAAUGCUCAUUCUGUAGAAAAUUACGCCUUCUUUCAAUUCUAUACUCGAAGGAAGGGUAUAAUUCAGCAUUAAAAAGGCUUCUAAUUAUGAGAUUUUUUUAAUACUGUGAAAUGGCCGUUCGUAAAACUUCACGUCUCUGCACUUAUCAGUGUGCCUUGUAAAGUUAACAAUGUGGCUAAAAUCUACUGUUAAAUUUUAUGAACCUCUCGCAGUCUCCUCUUAAUACCGUAGAAAACUGUGUACUUUUCCGUACGCGGAAAAUAUGCGGCUUGUGGUUUAGAAACCCUGAAUACAAGUGUAACGGCAGGUCGGGUUCAAAAUUGUCCGGGAAACGGAAAAAUAUUUGAAAACCGAAUUAUACCCUUCCUGCGAGUAUAAAAUUGAAAGAAGACGUCAUUUUCUACAGAAUGAGCAAAAGAAUGAGUAUUUUAUGCAUGUUUUUCAUGAAACAUAAUUGCAUUUGUGAGGGCAUCGAACAUUAAUGAGAAAAAUACGUGCCACUUAAGUAGUCACUUUUUACGGAGUAUCGUUUUUGCAUGCAGCUGAAAAGAAGUUCCUUCGAAAGCCGACAUCUCGCAUUAAGGGAAUUAUCAUAGAAUUAUGCUGCAGGGUAAUUAGUUUAACAAGCCUACUUAAUUAAUAUUUUCGAAAUUAAAACGCAUUUCGGAAGUUCGACUGACCUUUCAUGAGUUAGCCACCUACGAUGGGUUAGAUAAAUGACCAUUUUAAAGUUGCAAUGGUUGGUGACCUUGUUGACCUCACAGUCGGGUGCGCGCCCAGUACACAAGCAUCUUCCUCCGAAUGCUGCUCUCCAUCGUAUUGCCCUUUUCGUUAUACAACGCGGCAAACACACUGUAUUCUCUGAAACCGAUCUUUCUGGAUGCUGCUGUCGCUUCAUGCACGUAGAAAAAAUCUACAAAACUGCUUAACUAUUAAAACCCAUAUGUGCUGCAUCUGAGUUGAGUCUUCCCUUCCGUAUGUAGACCAGUCUCGCGAUUGCAGUCGCUGGUGUGGUGGACCUCCUGUCGCGUCUCGUCUUCGGUUGGCUGACAGACCUGCCCUUGUUCGUCGGCAAACGGGGCACCUUCCUUGCAGUGACUUGGCUCGUGGAGGCUUUCAAUGCGAUCGCCUUUGGUGAACUUGCCUCAGUUUCCUGGUCAGUCGAUUCCGUCCACGUUUCUCAGGUAUUAUUUCACUCUUCUGAAUCCGCUCUUCACGUCAAAUUUAUAUACAUAUAAUGAUCGUAGGGGGCGCUCACCGAUCGUUCUUACGGAACUCACUCGUUCCUCCUCCGUUUCUCCUCCGUUUAUUUCGUCGGACGACGGCUAGGUGUCACCAGCUCGAAAAUUCACGAGUACAACUCGAUUUUUUCCGACGAGCCUUCUAUCUUCAUCAUAUUACCUCGGAAUGCACACUACCUCAGCUAUUCAUAUAUGUAUAUAUAUACAUUUCAGCGAGAGGUACAUAUAUACAUAUGCUAAUAGAAACGAUGCUCCUUCCUGGACAUAAAUGAGGAUAAAGGCGAUCUCGGGAAUCAUAGUUUGUAUUCUCCUGACGUUUUAAAAGCAGACAAGGAUCCGAAGAAGAAGAUGCGAUCGCUGGAACAAAAAGUUUAGUGACCCGACUUUUCGGAUUCUCACUCGAACCCAUCAUCUGGGACAGUCGCAGGCAAGGACUAAUAAACUUCUCGUUGCAGUGAUCGCAUCUUCUUCUGAACUGAACAGAAAGAGAUCGCCGACAAAGACAAGGGAGACUCGAGUGGCCAUUUCUAGUUUACUAGCCGUCAUUAGCCAGCCACGCCAAACCCCAGGUUUCUUCGUGGACUGUUGCCCUAUCGGUUGAGGUCGGGCGUAUAAACAAUGGUAGAGGGACGCUCACCGAUGAAUUUAAGCGAUACACUCGUCUCGUUCUGCUCUUUGACUCAGUCUUGAGCUCCGCCAGUAUCAGCUAAUAUUAUAGGCAAAUGGGAAAACGAGCCCGUGGCUAAAUGGUUGGGGCGUUGGACUCCUAACCAACAGGUCUCAGGUUCGAGCCUCAGGAGUUGUAAAACCUGGGAUUGGCUUUGGCCGGCUAAUGGGCCAGAAACUGCUGUUUCAGUCUCCCUAUGCCUAUGCUGCUGGCCGCUGAACAACUGCUCACAGGGCCCGAGAUUUAGGCACAAGUCACAACGAAGUGAGUGUGUCUCUUAACAUGAUCGGUGUGCGCCCAUCUACCACUUAGCAUAUAUAUAUAUAUAUCGAUUUGCCAGCGCCAUACGAGGCCGUCAGGCACCAUCUACGCGCGAGAGGGGGGCCAACGAGAAGCGAACGGGACGAACCUAUCGGGUGAGAGUGCAGAUGGCCUAUUUAAACCCUGUAUUUCUCACUUAGCCUAUCUCCGAAGAUGUGCUCGAGCAUGAACACGAAACGUCAGAUGAAUAAACCUUCUUCCGCAGAGAUCGCCUCAUCCUCCUCUUCCAUAUAUAUAUAUAUAUAUAUAUGUAUAUAUACACGACCAACGCGAGACAUUGACCCGCCGACGCGCCCAAACAGCCGAGCAUGAUUCGCACAUGCAAAGGCAGCUGAUUAGCCCAUCCGGUUAUGAGGGCGGGGGGGGCCCACAGGCACACAGACCUUUCAACGACUACGACAGCCGGGCAGGGGGCAGAGAUCGCACGAGUGAGCCAGCAGUCAGUAGCAGCCUCUUCGUCACAAAAAUACUGAUGCAGUUAUUUGGGGGCAGCCCAGAACCCGUUCACUUCUUUUAGACUGAACGUAUGCCUUCUAAUUUCGAUUACCUGGUGUCCUCCUCCGCUCUCUUUUCAGUCGCUGUGGGGUCCAAAGCCGUCGACGAGCCUCUACGUGGGCUUCUUUUUCUGCUUUGCUGUCCAUGGAGUCUGCAGUGGAACCGCCAUGACUCAAAUGAUGGUCGUUCUCGCCGACUGGGUCGGUCCCAGCCGUCUUCCCAAGUCCCUGGCUAUCAUGAUGGUUACCCUGGGCCUUGUCUACGUGCCCGCUCAGGCCGUCAUUGGUGAGCAUACUCUGACAUCAUGCACCUGGAGAUGCUUUGAGAGGGAAACUAGGAAGCAUUUUGGCGUCAGAAGCUGUGCAGCAGCUGGCAGCCCCUUUCCACCACCAUCACCACCACCGCUUUCUUGUUUUUGACCAAAGCCGAUUCCCUAUGGAAGGAGUGUUGGAGGGUUUGCGGAGGGGGGAGGGUGGUGCAGUGUGCAAUGGCAAACAACUAAAACAGCAAAAAACAGGACAAUUCGAUCGCCGCGAACGACGACGUCUAUAAUGUGUCCGGCGACAUUGGCUCAUGACAUUGACGUGAAUUGGCUCCUAGUGAUAGCAGACUUGCAGAAGGCAAUAUCAAAAUGGCCGGCGGUGGAUGCGUAUUUGGUGACUAACAAACCUGAACAGCCCGUCUACGCGUGCCACACACGAGCCCGUUCCCACAGCAUUGUCAGGCUGCUGUAAAAGUGGCUGGCAUCUCAUGCGGUUGAGUGUCAAACAGGCCAUUGAGAAGGACCAAGUUAUCCUGCCAGUUGGCAGUCUUCCAAGCCACAACUUUUAGCGUAUCGCAAUUUUUUCCGGCGAAUGGGAUUUAUUGUAGUGAGGAAUGCGCUGGUUUGCCGUGGGGAUGGGUCCCUCAGUUUUGAUCCCUCUCCUCCCUUCCCAUGCAGCAGUCGACUGUCCAAGCCUGUCAAUCAGGGGAUGGUAGGAUCGAGUGCAGUACGUCUAGUCGUCCAGUCAUAUCCCCCUCCCCGUGUACGGCAGAAAUUAUGGGCUUGUGCGAACUCUGCGCAGUCUGAUUAACGCGUGCUGUAAGCCCAUCCGACCUGCGUCUUGGUUCAGCCCAUCUGCAGCGCAGCCUGUUGUGGGAGCCGAAUUUCAGAAGUGCGGACUCUUCGAACUACCCGGAAAGCCAGUGUGUUAAUCAGCGACGCCGUGGUCGCGCAACUGCCGCCAACCAAUCAGAGCUCACCUCUCGCUUCCUCAUAAAGCACGGUUACAGUGAUACCAUCUGUAUGUCAGAUACCUCCUCUCCUGUGUUUGUCAGGUUAGUGUGUGUCCGCCAGGACUAGGGAAGUCGUGCGUCCACGGCCUUGCACUGUAAUAAGCCCGCAUCAAUCCACAAACCGAAGGACACUUAGGCCCUGCAGUUUGAGGGCCAUGUAGGGAUCAGACAUUGUUUCCGGAAUGCUGCACCGAGGUGGGAAGGGGGGCAGAGUAGAAUUGCCGAGUGGGCAAACCCUCUAUUACCCGACUGAGUGAACUUCCGUCUAUGGUUUCUCUUCGAUCCAGAUCAAGCAUGCACUUUUUAUGGUAAUCAUUGCUGAAAGCCUGUGAGUUCGUUGACGCUGUGCGGUUUGAUGACUCAGCAAAAUACGCAUCAGUAGCCCCAAUUACAACUGAAUCAUCUUCCAGGCAAAGUCGACGUGAGCUUCUGGUCUGGUGCGCACGCGUUGGUUCGGGCUUAAGAGAGCUACUGUACACUUUAUUUCCCCAUGCCUGUAGACCUGCGACCGGCUGUGAAACCAGUCUGGAAAAUGCGUAUAACAAAAUGUCAACGCCAUAAUAUCUUUCGACAAAUACGCCGGUGCAUAGCUUUUAGGAGUCCAGUUGAUUUCUGUUAACAUGAGACUUGAGCAAUGGAAUCCGAUAGCACGGUUCCUCACUCAGUCUGGAUGGUAUGCGCGCAUUAGACUUGUGGUGCGCACUCCUGAUACGAGCGAAGAUGCGAAUCUUAGGAAGUACUCGAAAUGAAGUAGGUGCGAUCACUGGAACGAGCUUUAUUCGCUCGACGUUUCGGAUUCAAGCUGGACUCGCCAUCCAUACGUGAAGAACGUCUCGGAGGCCGUUAGCCGCUCUCUCGCACCACUUGGAGUUUGGAUUGCACUCAGGCCGAAGGAAAUCGUUAGAUGCCAAGCAGUGAGGAUCAACUGCCACGGCAAGAAACGUCUGGAGUUGUUUAUCGGGUAUGGCGGGUUGCGGACAGAGCAACUCCGGAAGACUUCUCUGGACGCGAAUAGUCGAACACGCGGCAGCAAUGUGGAGAUAUGAUGCCAUUUUUCAAGUCGCAGCUAGUUUGACGGGACCCAACCACACAUUCAAUUUCAACGAGGCCGAAAUUCUCGCCAGAGUUAAUAAUCGCUUGAACCGCUAGCUGCUUUAGUCAUAGCUCACUAGUUCGCGGUCUAUUAACAAGUGGAAUGAUCUGCCUCUCUCAUAUUCAGUGCUGAGACUAAGCCUAGGUAGAAUACUCAACUCAAAUUGGCAAAGUUGAGAAAUCCGGGUUGAUAAUUUGAGAACUGAGAAUGGCGAACCGGAACAGGUUUAUUGAAAUGUUAACCGUUCGGAGAGAUUGGUCGGCUCACCAUUGCCAAAGCGUAAAAUGCACUUAAUCAAAUAGAAAUAGAAUUGGCAUGCCGCGCCGUCGGCUGAUCGAUUUUUCUCUUCUCUCACUGCUACGGUCUUUCGGGGGAUGUUUGGCGGACUUUUUAGUUGCAUGCGUUGUGAGUCGCCACCUCAUCGAGGUGAGGUUGUUGAGUCCCUGUCGGGGUUGGUCAGUCUGGUGGCUCUUUUUCUUCUUAACUCCUGUGUGGUUGUCUUGUCCCGAGCUUCGUGAACGUACAGACGCAGGACUUUGUUUGUUGCGGGAAGGUUCAAAUGCCUAUUGGUGGAGUUGGUUCCUGAGUACCACGCCUCAAGUGGUAGUCGUUCUACCUUGGAUUUGCGUCGGCCUAAGGUGGCAGCUCCCUGAAGAUCGAAAGUAUGGGCAGCUUCUCCAGCGUGCGUUGCAAGUUGUACUCUUAUAGGCGGGUCUGCUAUUCCCGCCCGGGUUCCCCAACGUAGUUGCAGUCCCCAUCAUCGCAGCUUAUUUUUUAGGCAACUAUUGAGGUUUCAGUGGGUGACAGCGUGUCCGUAGGUCGCAUCAAACAACUCCGAAUGGUUGUGUGGGGUCGAUGUGCUACGCCUACUCUGGCGCGUUGUAACAGUCGAGAGACCGCCCGGAGACCACUUUAAUGUAGAGAAUAGCCCCCAGGCAUCAGGUUGCUGCUCCUUUGGCCGUUGUCUGAGCGUUUGGCCCCUGCUUUUCUCUGUACAAUGGCUGGUAUAACCGGUAAUUGUGAAUAAGCUCAGAAGGCAUAGUUGUUCGGCCCUUACGUCUUGUGUCCUGAUGCAGUACUCUUUUGGAGUAGAGUACGAACAUAGUCACGUGUAUGAUACAGAAAACGAUUGCUUGUGAAGUGUUGUAUUUGUCUUAUGUUGGUGGUUUUUCUGAAUACUGUAGUUUGCAGUUUCCACACCGGUGCACAAGCACGUUAAGGGAGGACAGCUGUUUGCAUAUUUCAGCCUCUAUCGGGAAUUUGAUAUUCGAGUAACCGAGUUCUUUAAUUCCUGCAGGUGCUAGAUGUCAAUCUAUUUGGCAACGACGAAUAAUUCGUCGACAUAACGAGGCCAAAACUUUAGCUGAUACCUGACGAACACCAAGUGUUCUAUCCGUUUAAGGACCGCUCCAGGAAUCAGACCUUACAGAGGGAUCUCGUAGGAGUGCCUUUAAUUGGUUCGUGCACUUGUCUGUCAGUGGCGAAAGAGGUCUUAAGGCAGUGUCGCAGAAGCCCUAGCUGAUAUUCUGACUUCAUGGGUUUGUCUCUCUCCUCACAGCGCUCAGUCAAUAAUUGAUUCACACCGCUAGAUGCUGUGAAAUGAAAGUGCAGGGCGAAGUGAAAUCAAAGGAUACCAUGGAUCUAUCUUGCCCUACUUUCAAGGGUUUUUAUGCGGAAUUUAUUCGCAGAUGCUACCGUUGUUGACGGGCUAACCGACGCGCGUUAUCUCUGUGGUAACCCUGAUCUACGUAAGCCUACUUUGAAGCGAUUGUCUAUGUAAUUAACUACUUGUUACGGUCGUAAGCCGCUACUUUGUUAAAUCGGUCUUACUGCAUCCCACCUCGUAAAGACAGGCUAGACAGCAAGGGAUGAUCUGCCUGCUCAGAACCAAGUGUGUUUAAUUGUUACAUUAAGAAGAAGGCGUUAAGAUCGCAGGAACAAAAGUUCCCUUUGCCGGCCCUUUCGGAUUCCCUCUCUAACCCGCUAUCAGAGACGGUCGCAGAUGAGGGUGAUAGACGAACCGGGGGAAGGGGGGGGAUGCGGUUGCCAUGCGACCACACGCCUAUUCAAAUUAGCAGCUCCGGUACUGAUGAUCGAUGGUCCCUCCUGGUGCGAUGAGUUCGAGGGAGAGUCCGAAGCGUCAGGCCGGGUUCGGAUUUCAAUCGGCACGGCGUGAGCUUGCAGCUGGGCAUGCCACCAUACCCCGAAUGU